AUGACCUCGAAUCCACGCGAGAGGGACGGCGCGUCGCUGCCCGGCAUGGUGUACGCCUACCCGAAGCCGAUCGAGGAGGACGAGGAGGAGGAAGACGAGGACGUCAAGUUUGGCGAAUUCGAAGACGAAUACGAGUCCGAGUCUCCGUCCGAGAGCGGGACCGAGUCGCUCACGUGGAUUUCCUGGUUCUGCUCUCUUCCCGGGCACGAGUACUUUGCCGAAGUAGGCGAGGAUUUUAUCGAAGACGACUUCAACCUCACGGGCCUCAACGCGCUCGUGCCCUUCUACAAAGAGGCGCUCGAGAUGAUCCUUGACGUCGAACCGCCCGAGGAGGACUCGCUCAAGAUUCCGGACGUGUCGAUCGUCGAGUCCUCCGCCGAACUGCUGUAUGGGCUUAUUCACCAGCGCUACAUCCUUACACGACACGGCAUGCAGCAGAUGGUGGACAAAUACGAAGCUGGCCACUUUGGCUACUGUCCCCGCGUCUUCUGUCAUUCGCACCCUGUGCUUCCGUGUGGACGAUCGGAUCUUCCCGGUCUGGAUACGGUCAAGCUCUUCUGCCCAAACUGCAUCGACAACUACUCUCCACCCAGUUCGCGAUUCCAUGGAGUGGACGGCGCGUUUUUCGGUACGACAUUCCCGCAUCUGCUCUACCAGUGCUACCGCGAUCUGUUCCCCAGCAUCAUUGCGCCCAAGAACAACACCGACGCUUCCACACUCCAGUACCAAGAGCAAGAAGCCGAGGCAGACGAAAACAAGACCGCCCAUAGGACCAUUCAACCCGACCAACUCGGAAAAAGAAUCCCCUACUCGCGCAUCUACACCCCCAAGAUCUACGGCUUCAAGGUCUCGGAAUACGCAAAGACCGGCCCAAGAAUGAAGUGGAUCCGUAUGCGUCCUUCCUCCCUCGAGGAAAUCGACAAGGUCUAA